AUGACGGAGCAUCUUUGCUGUGCGUAAUAGAGGGUAUCCUGUAUGACGGAGAAUCUUCGCUGUGCGUAAUAGAGGGUAUCCUGUAUGACGGAGAAUCUUCGCUGUGCGUAAUAGAGGGUAUCCUAUAUGACGGAAAAUCUUCGCUGUGCGUGAUGUGCUUUGUGUAGUUUUUUUGCUAUGUACUUGCGUCAUUUUCCGACACUGCCGACCCACAGGCCUCGGCUGGCAUCUUUUAUGAUACCGAUAAUCUUCGCGGUGUGGUGGAGUUUUACUGAUGACACUGAGAAAAUUCGGAGUGUUUGUGGAGCGGUGAUUUACGCCUUUAUUGAAUCGGCGUAUCUUACGUUUCAUGAAGGUCAUUUUAAUUCGACUUUUGCUCAAUUUUGGUGUAAUAUUUGGUACCAUCCCAUCGUCAUGGAUGUUUAUCGGCGAGCGGCCAUUCCUGCUCUCACGGCCUUCUUGCUGGAUCGAUCGGAUCUGUUGAGGUUUCAUUUUGACCAUGACCCGCUCGUUUUGGCGUCGGUGUUAGCGGUGUGUUUGAUGCCUAUAAAUAUUUGGUGUCUUGAAGCUGUCCAAGGGUACCUCAUAAUUCUACUCUAUGGCGAGAACAUUGCAUGGGAUUAUUCCUACAGUAAAUUUUCGUUCGCUGGUGGUAACUGCAACUUGGCAAUGGUCGUUGAAUGGCUGGUCUUCGGUUUGGCGUUGGAGAGAAUUUAUUGGCCUUUCAUUGUGCCGGUGUUCGAAGGUCGAUCGGUUGGAGUUGGCGCGGCUGAAUAUGGGAUAUGGUUUUAGUAUAGCGGAGCGAAGCAGAUUA